CCGCCAUAUUUGAACGCCAACGGUCACUGGUUUCUCGUGUGCAAGGGAUGCGUCAUGCGUCCUCAGUUACAAAGUACUAAACGUCGAUUUCUCCUAUCAUAGAGAUGACUUUGAACUAAAGCGAACUUAGGUUCACUUCUGUUUACGUGCUGUUUGCAGGUUCAGUUCAUCGACUGAAACAUGAGCUGGGCUAGCUCCGAGUGGAAAAAUGGCUUGCCAUCGCAGGCGUUAGUCCAUAUAGAGCGUUUGGAAAAAGAACUACAGUGGGCACAGAAGGAGAAAGAACAAAAACAGAUCCAGUUGGACCUUUUGAAGCAGACGAAUGAGAAGCAAGCCCUCAAGACUGCUGGCGGGUCAAAUGGACACCGUGCCGCGGACAGCUCGGCUCAAGUCGCUCAACUUCAAGCCAAAGUAGAGGAGUUACAAGCGCAGUUAAAUGCAAGCCACAGUAGGUCCCGUUCUGCCAUGGGUUCCGUGCUGCAGACGCCCACACACGUCCCUUCAACGCCGACGCGCGCCCUCUCGACGCCUCAACGCGGCAGGGAGGUCAACGAGGUUGCCCAACUUAGGUCCGAGAAGGCUUCGUUGGAGGACCAGAUGUCUAAACUGGAACAGCGUUGCCGCACGUUACAGUGCCAGGUUGAAAAUUCCAGCACUGCUUGUAAGAAACAAGAGCAGAAAUUCAAGGAGCGAGAAGCUGCGCUGAAAGAGGAGACUAGGACCUUGAUACAAGAAACGGGCAAGCUUCAGAGAGAGCUGGAUGACAUGCGCAUGCGCACUCAUCAGGAACAAGUACGGCUCGAGAAGCAGCUGGACAGCUUCAAGUCCCAACUGGAGAGGGGCGAACAGCAAAAAACAAUGAUAACUGCCGAGUUAAACCACACCCUGUCCACGGUGAAGGAAAAAGAAAACCUGGUGCAGUCAUUGGAAAGCCAGCUGCAACGACAAAAAGCGCAGGAGCAAAUUGACAAGGCCAACUCUCAGAAGCAAGCAGAUGAGAGAGUUAGAAAGGAAUCCGAGAAGGCAGACGCUUUGAGGAAACAGAUGGAGGACUUCAAAAUGUCCGUUGCUCAACAAGAGACGACGGUGAGGAACUUAAAGCGUGACCUGGAAGAGGCGCUGAAGCUGAAAGACGAACAGCAUGCAAAGCUCCAACAAGCAGAGAACCGUUCAGCAGAGCUGAAGACAAAGCUUGAAGAGAAGCUGUCUGCUCUGCAGAGGGAAGCCUCAGCAAAGGAAAAGGAGCUUUCAGAAACAAAGAGGGCUCUGGCUCAGAAGGAAGCAGAAGUCAAUGACCACCGUGACAGUGCAAAGGCACUCAAAGAAGAAGUGGGAAGGCUGCGGGAAAAGAUUGCUGAGAAAGAGUCGGAGUGCAAGCAGAAACAAUCCCACGAGCGAGAGCUCGAGGAAAAGGUCAAGAUCUUGCUACGACAACAGGAACAGGCGAAAGAGGAAAUACGUGAACAGAAGAGCGUAGCCUUGAAAUUUGAACAGGAACGACAAUGCUCGGACGCAAAGAACAAGGCACUGGUUGCAGACAUCGAAUCAAAGUCUCUCAGGGUUUCUCAACUUGAAAAGGAACUGUCGUCCAAGGCAUCGUCCCUGUCCGAAUUCUCGAAACUUCUCGAAGAGCGGAAGGCGGAAACAGAGAAGCUCCUAAAAGAGAAGCAGAUACUGAAUGAAGACACGCAGAAGAUGAUGCAGAACAUGCUCGAACGGCAAGGUACCAUCGAGAGCCUCGAGCAGAACUUGCGGACUUCCGCCGAACAGCAUGCCGCGACGGAGAAAGAGCUGUUGGCCUCGAAGCAAGAACUCUCGGAAGAGUGUGAAGCCGCGCGGAGGGUUUGUGAAGACCUCCGCAAAGAGUUGCAGACGCUGGAGAAGUCGCAGGCUGGAAAUGAUGCCGAGUUGGCAGCAGCUCGGAACGACAUGCUUCAACACGAAAAGAAUAUUCUGCAGCUUACUUCGUGCAUCAACGACUUGAAGGAAGCCGCAAACGUGAAAGACUCGGAGCUGGAAUCUCUGAAAGCAGAUGCGAGUCGCGCGGAACAGAGCCGCAACCUUCUGCUACAGCAACAUGACGCAGCUGUUUCUGAAUUGACCAGGAACGUUGAGGAGUCACUGAAGUCUAACGAAGAGCUUCGCACAAACCUGAGCAAAGCUGAAAGUGACCUGGCGGAGUUGAACAGGCAGUUUGAGGAAGUGCAGCACUCGAAGGCGAAGGAGAUUGCUGGAAAAGAGAAGGAACUGACAGAAAUUCGGACAACACUGACACAGAAGAGUGCGGAGGUCGAUGAACAAGCCAAUAGGGCGAGAGCCCUGGGAGAAGAGACUGAAAGAAUCCGAGCUCGACUCUCAGAAGAAGAAGCAGUGCGUGCCAGAGUGGAGUCGGAAGUUCGAGAGGCGGAAGAGACGUUGAAAUCUGCGUCGCAAGAGUUGGACAGGGCUAAGGAAAUGCAGCGUUUGCUGAGGGAAGCUGUUUUGAAAUGCCAAGAAGAAAACGGCGGAGCUUGCAUCGAGGGCGAAGCAUCGUCACUCAAAGAUGAAGCUUUCGUGUCUCAGGUCACUAAUCUAAUCGAAAACCAAACAAAGGGCAACCAUAUUUUACGAGAAAAAUGUCAGGCUUAUGAAGAGAGAUUGCAUCACCUGACACAGCUGGUGCAGGAGAAGGAGAGCUGCAUGGACACCUUGGAACAAAGGUUGCACGAAGCCGCGGAACGGGAGGCAGACACAGAACGUUCCGUCGAAGAGCUUCGCGCUACAAAUGACAAACUUUCAGAGUUGCUUGCCCAAAAGGAAAGAGAAAUCGAAGAGGGAGCCAGCCUCAAAGAAAAGCUGCAAGAAGUGGAAAGCAUCUUGCACGCUAAAGAUGAAGAACUGAGGACGGCAAUGGCCUCGUUGCAGCAACUCGAAGAGGAGGUCGUGCGCUACAAGUCUCGUGUCAACCAGCUGGAGAGCAUCCAGACAGCACUGGAUGCCGAACUAAGAGAGUCAGAGACAUUGAAGCUGGAGCUGACGCGCAUCGAGCAAGAUAGCGAGUCUGCAAAAGCCCAGCGGGAUGCAACGAUUUACGCACUGCAGAAACAGCUGGAGGAGCUGCAGAAAGCGGAACUGGAUUUCACGGAGCUGAAAGAGAAGCUUAUGGGUGAAAAAGCAUCCUUGGUGAGCAAAAUUGGUGCGGUGGAAGAAAGCCUUGCAGAAAUGCGAGCAACCUUGACUGAGAAAGAUGAGCAGCUCAAGGAAGAAACUGUCAAAGUGAAGGCCUUGGAACAAGAGGUCGACAGAGUGAAAGCAGACAAAGAUGCUGAAGUCUUGGAGUUGCAGCAGAAGCUUUCAGUGGCGCAUGAAGAAUCUGAGCGCACUAAAUGCACUCUUGAGAAACGACUAGAGGAACUGCAGAAAUGCAACGACGAACUUCAGAAAGGUGAAGUGAACUUCGCUGAGCUGAAAGAAAAGUUCAUGAAUGAGAAGACAUCGCUGGUCGCCCAAAUCGACGCUAUGGAGGAAAGAGCGGCAGAAAUGAAAGCGACCCUGGUUGAAAAAGGCGAACAACUUCACGAACAAAGUCGCACACUAAAGGACCUACAAGAAGAAGUUGAAAAAGUGAAAGACGACAAAGAUGCCGCGAUCCAACAGUUGCAGCAGAAGCUUUCUGCAUUGCUCAAAGACAUGGAGCAACUGAAAAACCUAAAUUUUCAACAGACAGAAACACUUGCAACUCUGGAAAAAGAGAAUCGCCAACUUAACCUCGAUUAUGAGGCAACUCUUGCCUGUUCUGAAGCGAAAUCCUCGGAGAUAGCCGAGCUGCAGAACGAACUUUUGGCAAAGCUGUCUUCUAUUGCGGAGCUGGCGGAUGUCCUCAAAAGCCAGGGCGCGGAGAAGGAAACGUUGCGCAAAGAGAAAGAGGCACUUCAGGAUGACGUGCGCAAGUUGAUGCUACAAUUGCAUGAACAGGAAGCUGUCGCUGAAGGUCUUGCGCAGAAGCUGCGUGAAAUGCCCACGAUUGAGGCGUCGCACGAAAACGGGAAAUGUGGUCGGCCGGAGUAUGAGCGAGAAGAAAUGAAGUCGUCUGCGGAAGAAAAAGCGGUGUUGAAGUCUGCUUUGGAUGAAAAAGAAGCCGAACUGUCGUCUGCACUCGCGUCCCAGUCUGCUUUGAAGACUGAGCUUCUGCAGUUACAGGCUCGCAUCGCGGAGCUGGAAGCUGAACAGGAACCUCGUAACACUUCGAGUCCGCGUUUUGAAGAACCUCAGCAGGAAAUCUGCAACCGAAACGCAGAAAUAUCGUCUCUCGAAGGCGAAGUGGCAGAAUUGAAGCAGACGAUUCGGGAUUUGCUCUGCAGAGAAAAUCAGCUGGCGGACGCCGAAGCGCAAGUGGCGGCCUUGCAGCACGACCUGGCUGCCUCAGAGACACAGCUUCAGCAGAAGGCCGCAGAGGCGGAAGAACUCGAGCAACGUCUCGCGAGCGCGGUUGGAGAGCUGAGGGCCACGGAGGAGCUGAAGCAAUCGCUGUGUGAAAAGAACGAGCAGGUUGACUCGCUGACAAGACAGGUCUUGGAACUUGAGGAAGCGCUACGACAGCAGAAGGACAUUGAGGACGCGCUGAAGGAGGAGACGGAAUCCUUGAGGUCUGCCCUCGAGGAGGCGAGGAUUAAAAUGGCGGAGUUGGAGAAAACAUGGCUGGAAAAGAAUGAGGAAUGUGCCAUCUACCAAGCGAACAUCUCCGUCCUUGACACAAAAUUGCAGUCUCAAUCUGAUCUAAUCGAUACGCUCAAAAAGCAACUUGAAGGGGCCGAACAGGAUGCAUUCGACGCCCGAGAAAGAUUGCAGACGGAAAUCUGCAGAAAGGAAGAACUGUUGCAGACGUACGAGCUCAAACUGCAGCAACUAAACUCGGAAAAAGACGCCGCCCUUACUGCACUGAGAGAGGAAACAGACUCUCAAGAGAGGAGUAGAGUCGAUAGGCUUUUGACAGUCAUCGCGGAGUCCGAGAAGGAACUCGUCGAGCGCAAUUCGGAACGCGACGGCCUCUACCUCCAGUUGAUGCAGAUCGAAGAAGAGCUUCGGGAGAAAAGCAGGGAAGGAAGUGCAGGUACGCCCAAUACGUCGUGCCUGGUGGAAGAUGAAGAGCAGGCGGCGACCUGCAGCCUCAGAUGGGUGGAGACUGUGGACGACGUCUUGUCCGAGCUUUGCAAGAAGCUCGUGGAAGCCCGCCGUGAGAUGGCGCUAUGCGAAGAGAAGCUUUCCGAGGAUCGGGCAAAGCAUAAGGAACUGCUCGAAAAAUGCAAGAAUGACGGAAGAACCCCCGAAAUUGUCCACCUAGAAAGUCGCAUUGUGGAACUGAUGUGUGACCACGACAGGCUAGCCAAAACGCAGCAUAGGAUCUACGAGACGGCUGACAUGAUGUUAGAGAUGCUGCACAGCAGAGUGGAGAAGGUCAUGAAAUUGAGGCACUCGACGGAAGCAGACGACAGCUCUGUGUUCAUGAGCGUCAACAACACCAUGGGAGAUCAGAGCUUGGAGUGGAGUUACAGCCAAGACAAUGCCAUGCAAGAAAGACUCUUGUCGAGAGGUACAGACUACAGAGACUUCUCACCCAUCGGGAGCAACAUGGGCAGCGAUGUGUGGCUGCCGUCUCCCACCCGACGAAAGCCCAUUGCCUCUCCCGCGGAGCACGUUGACAUGCGCUCAGAAGUGCGUGUCAGCUGUCGCGGACCCGUGGAGACAAAGGCGUCUCUCCGCAUCACUUUCAUGCCCGAGGAUGGUGCUGGUGACAGCAGCGUAUCAUUUAACGGUGGCGACUCCGCAUGCUACGACUUUAUAUUUGAGGCAAAGGAAGAGGCUGAAAGACGUUGCGAAGAUCUUCAACGUAACAUAGAGGCGUUGCGUAAGGAGAAGAAGCAAGUCUUUGCUUGUUUCAACGAGCUCGUGAACGUUGUUUCUUCGCUGUUAGUAAAACAGGAUCCCUGCGGUGUUUCCGAGAAAACCUGCGAUGUUGCAACUACAAAGGAGAAGUGUGACCAGCUGCUCAGCACAAUCAACGCACGUCAUCAGCACUUGCGCUCAGAGUUCAAUACCGUGCGGGACGGACUCCGCCAGCUGUGCCAGAUAUUCGGAGCCGACGUUGACUUUGACCGGCUGCUUGACGUGGUGACACCCGUGAGGACAGCCGAGAUUAAGAUGUUGUACUCUUUCAUUGACGAGCUCUAUCUCGAAAGAGAGAAGCUCGUGGCAGAGGUUGUCGAGCUACGAUCCCAAUUACUGCACCUCGACCGGGUAGCGGGAGGCUUACGAGAGGCGGUGUCCCUGCACGAUGACAAGGUCGCGGAGCAGACGGAGAAGAUAAAAUCUCUCGAAGCGCAACUGGUCGAGCUCAAACCGAUGGCGUCCGAAAGCUCUCGACAGGUCGCGGCACUGCGAGCCGAAACUGAGUCGUUGAAGAAGAAGCUCGACUCCCAUACAGCAACAACGAAGUCUCUAAACAGUGCACUCGAAGAAGUGGAAGAACUGCUGGAGCAGACUACGAAUGAGCGUGACAGCUGCAUUAAGGAAACGGCGGCUGUUAAAACUCAGCUUCAGCAAGCUGAAGAGAAGGCUACGUCGCUGAAGGAGCUUGUCUCGGACCGCGAGGCGCGAGUAUGCGAGCUAACGAUGCAGGUGCAGUCUAUGCAACAAGAAUUGCGGGAGAGAUCAUCGAGAGAGACGACGGCAUCAGAGAGGGCCGCCGCUCUGAACGACCAGUUGCUGAAGCUGGAGCGACAGCUGAGCGACGUACAGGAUACCGCAGCGAGGAGGCUGGAAGCUUUACAGGCAGAGGCCGACGCUCUGAAACAGCAAAAGAGUUCUCUCGCAGAAAAAUGUGAAAGUUUAACAUCCGAGUUGUUAGACCUCCAAAUAAAGGCCACGGACUGGGAAGCGAGAGAACUUGAUCAUGAACAGACAGUUGAGGGACUCGCCCUCCAGCUGGAGCAUGUCAAGGAAGAAAGAAACACCCUCUCCACCGAAGUCGGUGACCUCCGCGAAGCGCAGCUGCAGGCAGCCGCGGAACGAACUCGUCUCGAGCAGGAGAAGUUCGCGGUGCUGAAGCAGGCGGAAGAACAAGAGCAAGAGCUCCUUCGUCUUGAUGCUGUCACUAAGGAAAACAAAUCGCUCAAAGAGGACUUGGAACGGACGGCACAGAAAGCUUGGCGGGUUGAUGAACUCUCCGCGAAGAUAUCUGGCCUGGAAGAAGAGAAGGCGACGCUGGAGGAAAAGCUGAAAGACAUCGAGGCUAUCGAGAACGAGUUGCAGACGACGAAGAAGAAACUUGAGGAGGCCGAAGAACUUUUCCAAGAUAGGGCGUCACUGUUGACCGUGAAAGAAGAGGAACUUGCGGAGGCGCUGAACAGGAAUCUGACCUACGAAGAGAAACUGGUGGAAGUGGAGAGAAGACUGGCUGGGGCUGAAGCGAAAUUAGCCGAGUUUUCGGAGAUAAAAGCGAAACUUGAUGCUGCUGAAUCCAAGAACGUGGACCUGACGAGACGCUUCGAAGAUCUCCACGAGGAGAACGAAAACUUGUCUCAGAAGAUCGAGAGGUCGACAAAUCACGCCAAGGCGCUCGAACUCAGCAACAGGGAAUAUGAAGAAGCAGCCCAGAUUCUGCGGAACGAGCUGGACACUGAAUUAGACAAGGUAUCGAAGCUUUCCGCUGCACUAUCGGAGUUGAGCAGCCAGCGCAGCAUUCUUGAGGAACAGUUGAGGAACCUGCAGGUCCAGUACGAGGAACUGAUUAGACGCUCAACAGAAGAAAAGAGCUCCCUCGUCAAACUUCACAACGAAGCAACGACCGAAGUAGAUGACAUGAGAAAGGAGGUCAUCUCCUUGGAGUCAACGAGAUGCUGCUUGGAAUCGAGGCUUUCGGAGAUUGCUGCAGAAAAGAAGCACCUUGAAGACUCGUCAAAGACCCUGCAAGAGAGAAUCGAAUCUCUCGAACAGCAGAAGACGUCACUGGAGUCCGAGGUUGCGUCGAAAGAGCAAGAGAUGCAGCGUCUUCUCGGUCAACAGAAGACAACGCUAGAUGAGUUGGAUCAAGCGGCGGUGCGUUCGGCGCAGCUGGAGAAAGAGUCUGCGGAGAAGGAUGCAGAGCUCAACACGUUGAGGCGCCAUCUGGAAACUGCGCAGGCCUCGGAAUCAAGUGCCUCGCAAAGGUGUCAUGCUCUGGAAGGCAAGCUAGCAAAUUCAGAGAAGGAGAUUGAAAGUCUCAAGUCGGCACUCCUGGAACUGGACGUCGCAAAAGCAACGUUGGCCUGCGACUUGGAAAUUUCUACGGCACAGAGAGAGGAACUGGCUGAGGGGCUGAACCGCAUGGAAGCCGAGUUGAAUCACUUGAAGGAGCUGCACAGUGAACAGCUGGCGGAAGUUGAGAGAUUGAAGCAGGAAAAGGAAGCGAUCCUUGCAAAGGCAGAAGAUCUCUCCAGCAAGCUUUCUGCCAGCAAUGCAACGAGAGAAGAGCACCUCACCAGAAUCGGCUCGCUGGAGUCGACAAAGCUCUCUCUGGAGUCCGAGCUCUCCUCGAGUAGAGUCGAGAGGGAACGUCUCGGAGAGUCGUUGAAGACCCUGGAAGAAAGUGUUGCAGCUCUAGAAUCCGCAAAGGCCACACUGAAGGCCGAGGUUUCUCGUAAAAAGGAAGACAUGGGAAACCUGUUCGACGAGCACAAAAAGACGUUAGCCGAGCUCGAUCAAGUUGCCCUGCGUUCCUCGCAGUUGAAGAAGACGCUGAUGGAGAAGGACGCGGAGCUAAGUUCACUUAAAGAACAGCUCGGAAGUGUCACGCUGGAGAAAGAAAAUGCGUCGCAAUCUUGUUCCUCGUUGGCAUUAAAACUCGAAAGUGAGCAGAAGGAAGUAGAAACGCUCAAGUUGAGGCUAGAGCAGGUCGAGAGUUUGAAGGCAACAUUGGCUACGGAACUGGAGUCUAGUGCGUCACAGAGGGAAGAAGUGGAAUCGAGGCUGUGCACGACGGAAGCUGAGAUGAGCCAGUUGAGGGAGAAGUACAACGGGAAUUUAGUGGAAAUUGAAAUGUUGAACAAGGAGAAGGAGUCCAGUGUUGCUAAGAUGGAAGCCUUGGCCAAAAAACUUUCCGCCGCAAACAGCAAGAGCGACGAGUACCGUCUCAAAGUCAACACAGCCAUGGUGGCGGCUAAAAAGCACGAGCGCGAGAGGCACACGCUGGAAUCUCAGCUUGGCAGCCUAAAGGAGGAAAUGGCUCGGAUGGAACAGAGCUGUGCAGAAGGCGAAAAAGCGCUGCAGCGAGUACAGGAAUUAGAAGCCGACGUCGAGAAGUACCAGAAGGAGGCUGCGGAAGCCUGGUCGAACCUCGGCACUGUCAGCGACGAAUGCAAGAAAUUCAAGGACUCCACCGUGUGGCUGCGGACGCGCUUGCGCGUCUGCAAGGAGCGCCUGGCUGAGAUGGAAAAGCAGACGCCAUCCCAGUCGCGGGAGGCGCCCAGCUCGGGAGGGAUAACCGUUACCACUGAGACUGUGACGUCUGCCACUAAGAGUGUCCACCGGAGCCCCUCUAAGCAACGGUACACGGUGACCAUCUCGGCCACGGCGACCUCUCCCGCGCCAAAGACCGCCGGGGGUGCCGAGGAAGAGCCUGCCAAGAAAUCGAUCUUCACAAAUGUCGCCCGAUCUGGUUCACAGGCUCAGAAAAAGACCGGACCAGAUCUGGAGGGGCCAGCGAGCAGGCCAACCCGCUUGACACGACAGACGAGCGCAAGGCUUGGAGCAACACAACGAAGAGAAGAGGUUAAUACCAGCCAUCCCAUUAGACCGUCAUCCGCCAAAGUAAAGGAUGAAAAGCCUUGCUCAUCACAAGCAACAGCAAAGGGUGAGAAGGCGAGCUCCUAUUUGGCAACGCGGGAAGCAGCGAAGAGAAAGAUUGUGACAUCGGGAUUAUCACCUGGGAGGUCUCCGUACAGUCCGCAAUCCAGGCUGAGACGGCGUGAAGACAACGUACGAGAUCUAGAGAACGAGGAACGUGUCAACCCUACGGAUAAGGAGGACAGGAGGUCCCCCGACGCAUUCACGAAGGAGGACAAGGACAUAGACAGGGACAUGUCUCCCAAGCGACCUCGAACCAGGAGCCUCGGGAGGAAGCUGCAGGACAGCCGCGUGCCCCUAGGGAUUGUCACAAGCUCAACUGUCAACACCCCACCAACAUCAGCCACAUCAAGAAAGACUGCCACGCAGACAACGGCGGAUGUUGCCCCGGUCACCUCCGCGCGUCGUCGUCUCCGGUCUUCAUCUCGAUUGCAAGAUGAGCAGGAGAAGCAGCUUGAAGAGAGAUGCAAAGUACAGUAGUGAAAUCCGUCGAGGAUGGUUGAGGAAUUUUGUCAUCUAUGCGUAGUUCCUGUAGUUUUCUACACCUUUGUAACAUACUGGGCUGACCUUUUUCUUUUUCUUUCAAAUGCCUGCUUUUUUAAUUAUGCAGAUGAACUUAUCAUUUUGGACAUGAUAAGGAGCCCACAAGGAGCCUUCAAAGGGUGCCCUAUGUUGUGACCAGUCCCAUAUCCUAUCAUAGUAUACCCAUUGUAGAUAGUACUCCAUCUGUACCAUUGAUAGCAGAUGCUCAUGUGCUGAGUGUUUUAUUUAUCCUACCUGAUAUGCUUUAACUGUGCACAUACUUUGUAAUGUUGUCUCAAGUGCUUUUCACUGCUGCUUCCAAAGGUUUGCAGCAAGAGGAGCUUAUUGCAUGCAUUUCACUGGGUGCAGUACUUGCAUGCGUUAUGACACAGCAGUGCUUAUUGAUAUGUGGCAUUUUAAUCUUUUAAUGUAUAAAGUCUUUGAUCAUAGUCUCUCUUU